AUGCAUGUCGUCGCCGCAAAUACUCAUGCCACCGUUGCCCACGCGGAGGACCAGCCGGGAGAUCCGGCGAGGGACCUGUCUAGCCCAAGUGAAGCUUCCACAGCAGACGGCACGCCAUCCAACCAUCGCGAAGGAUUUCACUGGACGUCCGUACUUAACAGCAUCUCCGAUAUUGAUUCGCAAAAAGCUGGCGAGCCACCCGAAGACCAUUCAUCUCAUGUAGCCACUGCCUUACCCCAGUUCGUGGACUUCCUCCUGCUCGGCAAUUAUAGUCGCGUUUCAAGAGCGGACCUGAUAGCGACCGUUCCGCCAAAGAUCGAGUCGGACCGCCUCGUCAGUUACUAUUUUGAAACAUAUAGCUACUCUCCUGUCAUCCUCCACCACGGGGAAUUCAUGAAACAGUAUGAAGACUUUUGGCAAGACCCUCCGACAACCUCAGCCCCGACAUCAUGGCUAGCGCUGUUAUUCAGCGUCCUCACCCUUGCUACUAUCUUACACAACGCACAUACGCUUGGCUCGGACGAGGUGCUGCAACUGGGCACCGAAAAGCAUCAAGAUUCCAGACGCAUGGAGAGCUUCAGGGAAAAGACCGUCCAGGCACUUGUUCUGUCUGAGCAUCAUAAGGGUGGGCCACAUAUUCCCGAGACAUUACUACAUUACAUCCUUGGGGAGCAGUUUAUCAGGCGAGAUGCCGACUCGGGCACUUGGAUAGUGCUUCAGAGUUUAGUUUCAAUUGCUCUAAGUUAUGGUUAUCACCAAGACGGAGAUCGAUUCCAGAGCCUGAUCCCGUUCGAGCGCGAGAUGAGGCGCCGGCUAUGGGCACUUAUCUACCAAAUCGAUAUGGGGGUCUCGACGCAGCUCAAGAUGCCAAAGCUGAUCAAGGAUUCCAUCGUCGACACAAGGGAGCCCAGUAAUUUGUUCGAUACCGACUUCGGCCCCGAGACCAUUGUCUUGCCAGAGUCUAGGCCUGAGUCUCAGCUGACCCCGAUACUGAUCACCAUCUCGAAGAACCGGCUGGCUUCCGUCUCUUCCAAAGUUCUUGAUGCUGUUACCAGCAAAGAGCCCAUACCAUACGCACGGCGGUUGUUUAUCCAAUUAGUGUACCACCACAUCCAAAUCAUCCUUCAUUCAAAAUACCUUGCCCCCUCAUUGAAAACAGAUGAGAACCAGUACUCCCGAGACGUCGCCGUGGCAGCAGCCAUCCAGGCCUUACGACACCAAACCGCCAUCGACGAUGAGAUGGAACCCAACGGGAGGCUUUACCCUGUGAAAUGGAUCUUGGCUCCCGUCAUUAUUCACGAAUUUCUUCUUGCUGGCGGUGUGCUCUGCUCGCACAUCAGCAACAAUCCGCAAAUCAGAGGCACCCCGGCUUUCGAGUACAUCAAAGACCUGCUCACCAGGAGCGAAGCGAUCUGGGCACGGACCGCUUCAAGGUCUGCAGAGGCACUCAAGGGGGCUACCACCAUCCGCAAGGUCCUAAACCAACUCGAGAUGUCUUCUGGGGGCACCAGUUCUAGCCACUCGGAAAGUCCCGAGAAUAUAGUGUCGCCUGUUACUCCCCAAGAUGUCCAUGUGGAGUAUCAGCCAUCAACGACAAUCUUCACUGAGCCGAGUGAGCCCCUUUUGCCCGCUAUGCCGGGGGAAACGGAUAAUUCUUCAGGGGGUCCUUUUGACCAUGCUCAAAAUACUUGGUAUCAAUGA